AUGUUCAGUACUCUAACGAGGCCUGAAUUACCAAUUAUUUGGGGAUGCUUAAGCACUGCAGACUACGUUAGCAGUUGGCGUGGAACGGUAUAUGGCGAUAUGUUCACCGUUGCGACUACACCGGAUACCACGCGAGAUGACACUCAUACUAAUACCGAUCGUUUGGUUCGUGGCCGGCAUUUUUACACUUCCGUAUCUGCUGUAUCAUCGAGUAACCGGCAAUCGCCUAUCAACACAGUGCAAUUGGACCGGUCUUCUUCGACGUUUACGUAUAAGGUCCUAGAAUGUGUGAUGUUUUAUUUUGCACCAUUGAUUAUAUUGACUGUGCUCUAUUCACAUAUGUGUCGAAUACUUUGGGGUUCACGUGUCGGGGAAACAGCUGUCUCAGAUCAAAUUUUAAAACUUCGUAGAGCUGUUAUCAAGAUGCUUAUUAUAUCACUUUUGCUGUACUUUAUUUGCUAUUCACCUAUGCAAGGUGAGCCUCAUUUUGCAAUUUAUACUUUCCUUCUUCUUAAUCUUACAAUAAACUUUUAAAG